AUGGCAACCGAAUCCUCCGACGCGCGAGUUCUCGCUGGACAGGAACAGGCAGUCGCCGCCGAGGUUCCCGCCGUUCCCGCCGCCCAGGAAGGCUCCAGCGCCGAGGCGCCCCAGACUGAAAGCCACCUGGCCCCUGAGCAACAAGUCCAGGAAACCGUCAUGCAAGCAGGCUCCCCCUACCGGGUUGUUGGAUCUGGCGAGCUGUCCGACCCGACUGCGAUCCAGGUUGCUGCGAUCAAGCAGCAGCAGGCCAUGUACACCGGAUUCGGCGCCCCGUACGCCCUCAACUCUCCCUCAGCCAUGGCUGCGACUCCUGGAAUGGUCCCCCGCAUGGGACACCCUCCGCCUCUGUACCUGUACCCUGGCGCGCAAGCCGCGGUUCCCCUGACCACCUCUUUCUACAACGGGCCGUCCAGCAUCAGCGGUCCGUGCUACUACGAUCCCUACGGGAUGCUGAACCCCGCCGCGUGCUUCACGCCCAUGGCUCUCGCCCCGACGGACCCCGCAGCCUCUGCCAAGAGUCUCUCCCAGAAGAACUCGAAGUCCCGCGGAUUCUGCUGCUAA